ACGACAGUCCUAUCGCCACUUGUUGCUAAACAACAGAUCUCUAAGAGAAAGCUACCAUUUGUCUCAGUGUUCAAAACAUUUUAUUUAAUCCCAGUGACAUUUUUAUUUGGACUUAAAGAAUACUUGAACGUUUUAAGUGCAGUGAAUAAAAUAUAAUGAAGCUCGUACAGUUUGUUUAUAAAAAUAAUCCUAAAGAAGUAAGAGCAGGGUAUCUAGUUGGCGAUGAUGUAGUUGAUAUAAAUAAAGCUGAUCCGUCAAUACCUAGCACUUUGAUUGACAUCUUGAAGAACGGACACAUUGAAAAAGUUAAAAAGUUACAAGCUACUAAACAAGAAACUGUGCCUAUAUCAACAGUAAUACUGAAAGCGCCGAUACAUGGAGGAGAUAAAGUCCUCUGCGUUGGACUAAACUACAAAGACCAUUGCGAGGAACAAAAAUUCCCACCGCCAGAAAUCCCAUUCAUCUUCAACAAGUUCCCAAGCACGGUAAUUGGACCCAAUGAUUCCAUCAAACUAAAACCUGAAAUAUCAGAAAAAGUUGUAUGCGAAGUUGAAUUGACCAUUAUCAUUGGAAAAACAGCUUCCAAAAUUAAGGCAGAAGAUGCUUACAAAUAUGUUUUGGGGUACACUAUUGCUCAGGACAUAGGAGCAACAGAUUGGGACAAGAAUAAUCUUAUGGGACAACUGUUGCUUGGGAAAGCUAUGGACACUUUCUGUGCUAUUGGUCCUUGUAUAACAACUGCCGAUGAGAUUGGCGAUCCUCAGAAAUUAGGCAUAAGAUGUAUCGUUAAUGGUGUUGAAAAACAGAAGAGUAAUACAGAUCAGUUUAUUCAUAAGAUUCCUGACGUUAUUUCGAGAUUAUCAAACUUAUUCACGUUGUUACCUGGUGAUAUCAUUUUGACGGGCACUCCUGGAGGUGUGGGGGUAUAUAGGAAUCCUCCCGAGUUCCUACAAACUGGUGACGUGAUUGUCAGUGAGAUUGAAAAUAUCGGAGUUAUGAUCAACAGAGUUGAGAAUUUUGAGUAACUCCAUUGAAUUGCUUUAAUAUUUAUGGGAAAUAUAAUGGAGAAUAUUACGUAGACGUCAAA